AUCUGUUAGACGAUACAACGUAGUAAGAGAGCUGAAAUAUUUCAAAAAAAUAUAUGUAAAAGCGUUUGAGUGAUAAAAUUUUAACCAAGCAAUUUCACGGAAAUUAAAAUUUCUUUAUAAUAUAUAUUUAUUUUUUUAAUUUUAUUGAAUACAAAAAAAAAAACAACCAGCUUGUUGGAAGGUAUUGACUUGAUAAAAUAUUAACAUCAAACAGCAGUUCCAACGCCAGCAUUUUUUCGUCACACAUAAUAAAUAAAAGCAGACGUAAAUAUAUACGAAACAACAAAAACAAUACUAAUAUAAGAGAGCGCAUAUUUAUGUGGUUUCGCGGGAGAUAAGAAAGAAUUUCAUUCAUCUCCAACAAACGCAACGAAUCUCAGGAAAACCAAAGCCAGGCAAAGUCAUCGAAAUAAACCGCAGAGAGACGACAACUAACAACUCACAAUCAAUCAACACAUUAUACAGAAAGUGUUGCUGUACAUUUGUUGUUGGCGCAACGUAAUAUAGUAAUCAUCGAAGCUGGUUUUCCCAAAAGCGAACUCAAGCGUUAGCGAUCGCAGCCGAGACCGGUCAUUGUGUGCGCGAGACUUGCUGUGAACAGUUCGCCGACGUACUAAUAAUUUCGGCUUUGGAGUGUGUUUGAUAUUUCGCUAAAUAUAAAAUUACUUUGUACGCAAAGUAUAAAAAUCAAACGUUUUCGUGACAUCAUAAACAUGACGUUGUUGAGCGUAUUUAAACUUUUCGCCGCCUAUGUGAUAAUUAUCGCACGCGCACGCGCUUAUCCCACAACUGUGACGCUACCGACGGUGAAUAAUGCGACACAAUUGGAUGCCUUCCAGUUUGCCGUUAACGAGAGCCAUAUAUUUGACAUACCGCCUGGAAUAUUUACAACAUUCGUACCACUGCCAGGUGAAGCGUCGAUAAACGAUGACAAAGAUGAUUAUGUGCCCUAUCGCAGCGAUGUGCACGAUAGCUUUUCAUGGGCGUUAAUCAAGCAAAUAUUGGUGUCAACAACACCGCGCCGCAAUGUGAUUGCAACUGCUGCUGCCGCUGGGGCUGAUAACUUACCAGAAGACGCAGAAAACAUCGUAUUUUCCCCGUUCUCCGUGAAGCUCGUGCUCGCGCUACUCACAGAGGCAACGGGUAAUGGCACGCGUUCACAGCAACAACUACUAGCCACACUGGGCGAUAUAAGGUCGCUCGAGAAUUUGCGAAAUUUUUAUCGCAAGACGUUGACGACUUUGAAGAAGGAACAUGCAGAUUACACUUUACGCCUGGAGACACGCCUCUACACCGAUAAUUCAGUGCAAGCGCUACCUUCUUAUGCCACAUUGCUAAAGUCAGCUUAUCAAACACCAGUCGAUAAUCUAGAUUUCAACGAUGGCGUCGCGGCGGCUGAGAAGAUCAAUACCUGGAUUGCACGUGUCACGGAGGGUCGCCUAAAGCAAUUGGUUACGGACGAAAGUGUUGCGAAAAGCGUUAUGCUGCUAGUGAACGCCAUCUACUUCAAUGGCAAGUGGCGUCGUCAGUUCACUGAAACGCACACUGGCGCCUUUUAUCGCAGCGCAACCGAUCAAGUGAAGGUUGCUUACAUGGAAUUGACCGAUCACUUCUAUUAUCAUGAGAGUAACGAGUUGAAGGCGAAAAUCGUACGCCUGCCUUAUCGUGGUCAGAAGUUCUCGAUGUUCAUCGCAUUACCUAAUGAGGGUCAAAACAUUGACUCGUUCAUCAGCCGCAUGCAAAAUGAGCAGCUGAAGCAUAUGCAAUGGAUGACGGAGCGCAGCAAAGUUCGUGUGGUCUUGCCCAAAUUCAAAUUCGCAUAUAAAACCGAUCUGAAAGCGGCAUUGUGUCGUUUGGGUGUAAUAGACAUAUUCACCAACAACGCUAAUUUAACCGCUAUGGCUGCCAAUGAGGACUUACAAUUGAUGGUUUCGAAUAUACUGCAGAAAAGCGGUAUCGAUGUCAACGAAGUGGGUACAGUGGCUUAUGGUGCUACGGAAGUAGAAAUCGUAAAUCGUUUUGGCGCCGAUGAAGAGGAAUUUAUUGUGAAUCGACCGUUUGCCUUCUUCAUUGAAGAAGAAAGCACGGGGAAUAUCCUUUUUGCCGGAAAAGUAAUGAAUCCUACGACAUGAGCAACUAUAUAUACUUAGUUACUUAGGUUUUUAGCGUGUAUUAUGUAAAUAAUUUGUAAUCUUAAGUGUUAGGUCUUAGUGUAGCCCAACAGUUAGUUAAUGUUAUGUGAAAAAUGAGCAUAUACGUGCAUUAAAAAAAAAUUUAAGCUUUUGAACUGUGUAUUAAGAAAAAUAAACGAAAACUAAGCAUAUAUUGAUAAACUAA